CUUCUGAAGGAAGGAAGGAAGGAAGGAAGGAAGGAAAGGUGACCGAGCUCUCCGUCGGAGAAUCCAGCUGUCACUCAAAGAGACCCCAUCUCGCCAGCGUCAGCCUGCAUGUUGCACACGUCGGGGAGCCCACGCAAGAUAAAUAUCCGACUAAGACACCGCUGGAUGUGAGUUGGACCUCCAGCUAUCAACAGAUCGACAACUCCACCGUCCACUCCUCGCCUGCGGACAGGGGGACAAAAAACACGAGGAAUCCGAAAGACAAUACCGGAGCCAACCGGCACAUGUGAGCGAUGUUUAUUACCCGAUGCGAGAGCUAGUCACGGAGAUAUGGACCAACCAGCUCCCAAGAUGUGGUCGUAAUUAGCUGAUGCAGAAGCAUUUGGCAGCGGCGUAGCUUCAGCUCUCCCCCCCCCCCCCCCGAACCUCCCCCUGCCAAAAUGACCAGACUAUUGUUUAGCAUCGCCGUAACAGAAUGGGCCCGCAGGAAUUUUGGCACCGGUUUUACGCAGCAGACCACAUAGUUUAAACGACGUGCCUCGACGGAAGACGCAGUGGCGAGGCUGCUGUGGACAAAGAAUGCUCACGCGUGUCGUGGUGACGCUAUGAGAUAAAGACAUCUGCGAGGGACAUCUGCGAGACACCGUGCCGGUUCCAUCCCGAGAAGAGGAGCAGAUAACCAACGGCGGGAUUCAAGUUUGGACCUCAUUGAGUCCAAAACGACCUUCCCCUCACAAAAGGAUCAUCUUACAUAUUAGAACAUCUUCACAGACUCGCAUAGCGAGUCUGUGAACAGGUGAGAGAGGGACACUGUCUGCCCCACUGUCCAGCGACAUAAUGAGCUGGAGCUUCCUCACGCGGCUGCUGGAGGAGAUCCACAACCACUCCACCUUCGUGGGGAAGCUGUGGCUCACCGUGCUCAUCGUCUUCCGCAUCGUGCUCACCGCUGUUGGGGGAGAGUCGAUCUACUACGACGAGCAGAGCAAGUUUGUCUGCAACUCGGGCCAGCCGGGCUGCGAGAAUGUCUGCUACGACGGCUUCGCACCUCUGUCUCACGUUCGCUUUUGGGUCUUCCAGAUCAUCUUAGUGGCGAUGCCUUCUCUCAUGUACAUGGGCUACGCUGUCAAUAAGAUCGCACGAAUAGAUGAGGCCAAAGGGGGCGGUGGAUCUGCUGCAGUUAGAACAGGAGGAGGAGGCUAUACGCACAGGAAGCCCAGGAAAAUCUGCUUUGGAGCGCGGCAGCACCGGGGCAUUGAGGAGACCGAGGACGACCAAGAGGAUGAUCCUAUGAUCUAUGAAGUGCCAGAAAUCGAGCCCCCAAAAAGACCGCGGGAUCCAUUGCAACCCGCACCCAGACCCAAAAUCAGGCAUGAUGGGCGCAAGCGCAUCAGAGACGAGGGGCUGAUGCGGGUCUACGUUUUGCAACUGGUGACUCGUACGCUGCUUGAAGCAGGCUUCCUUGCAGGCCAGUAUUUGCUGUACGGGUUUCGUGUGACGCCCGUGUUUGUGUGCUCGAGGAAUCCUUGUCCCCACAGCGUUGACUGCUUUGUGUCGCGUCCCACGGAGAAGACCAUCUUCCUGCGCAUCAUGUAUGGUGUCACCGUCCUUUGCCUCACGCUCAACGUUUGGGAGAUGCUCCAUCUGGGUAUCGGCACCAUUUGUGACAUUCUGCGCCGCCGGCGCCACCAACCUCAGGAAGAUGAGUACCAGUUGGGAUUGCUGGGCAACAGUGGAGGUGUGGAGGGCUCAGUAGGCGCUGCAGGGCCCGAGGCAGGCUCCGAGGGAGGGGUGGGUGGAGAUGGGGCUGCAGACUAUGUCGGUUACCCCUUCUCGUGGAACACCCCGUCUGCUCCACCUGGCUACAACAUUGUGGUAAAGCCAGAGCAGAUGCCGUACACAGACCUUAGCAACGCAAAGAUGGCGUGCAAGCAGAACCGGGAAAACAUUGCCCAAGAGGAGCAGCAGCAAUUUGGUAGCAAUGAGGAUAACUUUCCCACCGGCGGGGAGGCCCGCGUAGCUUUGAACAAAGACAUGAUCCAGCAAGCUCAUGAGCAGCUGGAGGCGGCCAUCCAGGCCUACAGUCAGCAACACCGAGCCGAGGAACAGCUCGGGGACAACCGGGACGACAAGCCCCAAAGCAACAUCAUCCUGGCCCAACCUCAGCCUCAGCCUCAGCCUCAGAAAGAGCGCAAGCAUAGAUUCAAACACGGGAAAGGAGGCAGCAGUGGAGGAGGCAGCAGCAGCAACAGCAGCAGCAGUAAGUCAGGAGAGGGUAAGCCCUCCGUGUGGAUUUAACUCCAGAAACAGUGUCAUGCAUUGAAACCAUGUGUACAUUGCAGACACGAAAGCGAGGGGUUGCAAUCUUCCUUGGAUAUUUAAAAGCCGUUGUGCCUUAAAGAAUCUUGCAAGCUGGAGACGAUGUGUGUUUGUGUACCACAGAUAUUGCAGCUGACAAGUAGUGUUUUCUGGGCUUUCACUGUUUAACUUGAAACAUCACACCUACACAAACUGCAAGCUACAGUCGGUCGUUUACAUGUCUUGUUCUCCUCAAGUCCUGGAGCACGUUGUUGACCUCUGUUGUCUUCCCGUUCAUCCUCUCUUAGGGAUUUGAACUUUGGAAAAAUUACUGAAUAAUAAUGAGUUCCGUUGCUAAUCUGGUUGAUCCCAGAUUUGGCUUAACUCAUUUCCUCGCCGCUCCUCCGCAAAGACACCAUCUCCGUUAACUCAUUUGCGUCCCGAUUCUUCGGACAUCAAAAUGAAGUAUCCUCAUAAUUGGAAGGCAAAGGGAUGCCAUGACAUCUGUACGUUCUGGCAAACUAAAGCCUUGACUCCAUACUGUAGUGGCGUUCUCAGCGCCAAAACAAUGUACAUGCAAACGAAAUGAAACAGUAUUCAGCAUCAGGGCCUAAAGGGGUGACUUUAUAGUACAAUGAGAACAUCACCUUCCUAAAGGCCGUGUCCUGUCACUCAUGUUCUCUGUCUGCUUUCUCUCCGAUGUAGAGUUUCCAAUGUUAUGUUGUUGUGACUUGACAUUUGACAGUGUGUUUGUAGUUUCCUGUGUUUUUCUUGUUUUUUCAAUUAUGACUGUGUUACAACAAAUGGUUCUCAGAAACUGAGAAGUACAGCAGGUGGCUAUUUUAUCCUGUGUACAUCUGAAAUGGCUUGAGAAAAAAGUGUGUUCUUUUUAAAAAGGUGCAUAAGCAAUCCAGUUUUUAUACCUUACUCUUAAACUUAGUUAUUCAAUACCUUGCUCUGGCUCUCCACAGCUAUUGACCAGUGAUAUCUCGUCUGCCUUGUAGUUGACUGCCCCCUAGUGGUAUCUUCUUAGGCGAUGGGGACUCCUGCCUUGGGUAGUAGACGCCAUAAGAAAACGCUUCCUGGAUCCAGCAAGAACUUAACCAGCUUUAGUGUUCCUUUUUUUAUUGACUGACUUGUGUCAGUCUUUUUAGCGCAGCAACUUCAGCGUUAGAUGCUGCAAUAUCACCACGUCGUAAUGGAGAAGGUUUAAAGCCAUUGCUAUCCUGAGACCAAACACUGUUUGUGUGAUGCAAGUGUCAGUGCCAAGAUUUUAUGCCAGGCUGCCCUGGAGCCUGGUGGUUUGUGGCCAUUCUACUCCAAAUGUGGACAAAUGCCCACGUGAGACCAACCAUUUUGUAAUUAGCUUUUUUGUAUUAAAGUAAGUGUUUUGGAACAUGAUUCAAAAUGGAAUCAAUUUCUCUGUUUGAGCCAGUUUUUAUGAUGACACAAUUUUUUUAAAGAACGUUUUUUGUAAAAUAAAGAAAAAAAAAGCUUUUUUUAAUAAAUAAUGUGGUGUAUGGAUACGUAUGGUUAUUGUGUUUUAAAUUGCCUUCCAGUUGUAAAAAAUGUGAAAAAUGACAUAGUAUAUUUUUGUAACAUGUCGGUGACUUAUUUAAGUAAUGAAAAAAAGCCAGACUAUUCCCUGUGUGUUAGAGUGUCAGUAUCUAACCCAUGUGGCAAAUCUGUGACCAUGUUUUUUUUUAAGUGUUACUCCUUUUCCAACAUUGUUCUGAGAUCUGCUGAACAGCCAUGUGCAUGGACACAAACAAAAGGACAUGAAGUGCCAAAUUAUUCAAACCAUUCCAAGCUUUGCCCACAGUGGCUUUCAUGGACAAAAUUGAGAGGUGGAGCAAAUCUGAAAUCCAGGACUAAUGUUGUCUGCAAACCGUGAACUUACUGGACCGUCCUUCAUGUGAGGCUGGACUCUGUGUCGUGGCGUCUUUCACAAAAACACCGCGAAGAACACAACAGGGUGCUCGAGCAGAAAGAGUCUAUCUGAGUGGGCCUGAUCAACAAGCCCCCCAGGGGACCAGCUUCCAGUAUACAGUCAUACAUCACCACAAGUACUUCAGUCCGCUUCUCCCCAGAGCAGCGAUUGACACUGUCCCCACAGACGCCACUCUCUCCCAAUGAGCAGUUAGAGCCAGCAGGAGCCAGUGAAGGGCCACUUACUGUCAAAGGAGGGAGCACCUAGAGAGGGAGGAUGGGGAAUUUUCAAAGGAGGUACCAUAAGCUGAUAUGAGCUUGGCCUCACAUCUUGAAAAUCUAUCCUAGUUUAUGUGAUUUCUUUUCUAUUUGCUGACUGAGAAAGUAAGAGAAUAUGGUAGAAAGAAAGAGGUGUACUCAUUGAACCGAAAUUCUCUGCUCUUACAGAUAAUGUAUUAGAAUUUUUUCCUUUUUGCAUAUUGUUACUGUGCUUUGGAAGCCAUGUGUCUCCAACGUGUCACUAACAUGGUUAGAAAUCAAAACACAGUGCAAACCAAGGUUGAAAGCGCCCUGUCAGAAUUGUACUGAGCCAAUAUGUGUUUUGACCGCUGUGCAGCAAUAUGUCCAAGUUGGUAUAUUUUGGGAAUGUUUAUUCUUCGUGAAAGUUGCAUUGAUUCGUUUAAUGCUUUCUAAGUCAAAACAGGUUGCUUACUGACAUGUGCAUAAGUCAAACAUUUGCAUGGUAGAAAAAAAAAAUUGAAUUAUGACAUGUUUUGCUCCACAUUGUAUUGUUAUAUACAUUGGCAUACCUUUAAAGACACAUGUUGGAACUUACAGCCAUUUAAUUAUGCUUGAUACUUGGCAGCUGAAUGAAUAAGAAGUUGAAGCUCAUCACAAAGCGGAGGUCUUUUGUUAUUUAUCAGGGAUGCCACAAUGUUCACCCUCAGCAUCUGUCUGUCAAUGUAAAAAGAAUGUCUUCAGAAGAAAGACUAGUGUUUCCCUACAUGUUUUUUAAUGGUCACCCAUCUGGAUGGGAUGUGGAAAUAAAACCAGUGGUUAUACCAUUAAAAAAAUCUGAUUCAUACAUGCAUAUGUGUAUUUGUGUGUUUUCUAUGCCUUUUGAAAAAUGUAUGUAAAUGUAUUUCUUUGAAUACCAAUCUGGUAUCCCUUGGCAAAGACUUUUUCAUAUUAUUUGAUGAAGAAAUGUGCACGUGAAAAGAUCUAUUUUCCUAAAAAUAAAUAAAUGCAAUGAAUUGCUUAUUAAAUCAUGUUUUUGCAUCUUUUCUUGGGCCCCGUGGCUGAGAAGUAAAAAAACAUCAGGAAAAAAAAGACUUGUGAGAUGUAGAGCAUUGUCCUGUUCUUGUUAGUACGAUCAUGUCUUUUUAUUUUGAGCAGGCCUAUGAGGAGAAUUAUACACAGGCUGCUGUGUCACUGGCAAGAACCACACAGGAGGCAGAAGAGACGUCACUCAAGCUCAUGUUUGUCGUGUCAUGACACUUGGACAGUUUAUUCGGCGAUGAAAAGAGGAGAGGAAAGUGUGUAAUAUAGGCUUUAAAUUACAGAAGGAAUUUAACUAACAAAAUGUAAUGUGGUUGAAGAUUUACGGGCAUCGUGAAUAAAGCCUGAGAAAUCAAA